ACAGCAGUUAAUCAUUUGAACAUCAGACUGUGUGUGAGCAAAGAUCAGCGAGAGAUCUCCAGAGAGUACGACUGCGUCAUGAAGCUCCUCGUGGUGUUCUUCUUCACCGCUCUUCUCCUGCAGACUGCUAGUCUAGAGGGAAACCCAUCUCAACCAUCGCCUGACCGAUCCCAACCCCCAAACCACCCUGUGAACCCUCACCAUGUAACUGGCUCUACAUCAGAUCCACCAGAUAUGCCAGACACCCAACAGGAGCAAAUAACUACACCGAAGGAACCCAAACCAAAAGAACCAGCAAAUUCGAAACCUGAAGCAAAUCCUGACAAACCACAGCGAAAAACAGCAAAAUCCAAUUCUACCCCGAAACCCAAACCUGUUAAGAGACCUUUAGAUGAUGGUGUCCUGGGCCCACAGCAGUGCCGGAAGCAGAAUUACACACGCUUGUCUUGCACAAAAGUCUUCUGCCCACCGUGGAUGCGAUGUAUCUCGGGAGAGUGUAUGUGUAAGAUACCGUAUAAGUGUCCACGGCAGGACUCUCGUGUGUGUGCCCUGGAUGGCUCGUCGUAUUACUCCAUGUGUCAGGCCAAAGCCAUCUCCUGCAGAUCCAAGGAGCCAGUGUUCUCACACUUCAGCUCAACCUGCAAAGUGGGAGAGAAGGUUCAUGCAGUGCUGGUUAACUCUUCGACUUUAGAGGGCUCCAGGUUUCAUGAUGUGAUCGAGAUAAACAUUCCGACUUUAUCUAGAUCAAAAAUGUUAGUAUGCGGCAAAGGCUGGAAUAUAGCCGCAGCUAAUGUCAUCUGCCGGACCAGAAAGGCCAUUGGCGGUGCAAAGUCGGCGACCAAAAUCACCCUCACGACUCUAAACAAUACAAACACAUGGCCAAAUGAGUGUGUGACUAUCCACUGCACAGGGUCUGAGCUCUCAUUGGCUGAGUGUUCAAUCUCCAAACCCCAAGAAAUCACAGAAAACACAGAAGUGGCCGUCUCAAACUGUUUUGCGGAACCUCAAGGUGAAUGUAAGGACUUCACCUGUGUGAACGGCAGGUGUAUAACAAUUGAAAAAACCUGCAACGGUGUUGAUAACUGUGGAGACAACAGUGACGAGAUGUGCUGCCUAAGUUGUCGUGGAAAUUCGGCAUUCCACUGUAAAUCGGAUGUGUGUAUUCCGGCUCACAGUGUCCAGGACGGAAUCAGGGAUUGUCUGGGAGGAGAAGACGAACUAAAAGGAAAAAUUAAAAAACCAACAAAGGAGUGGCAUUCUGACCCGAAAGAAGAGAUCAGGAAGAUUCGCACGUUUUUAGAGAGCCAGUUGGAAUGUGGCAUUCCCAACAUGGACUAUGUCUACAAGCCUGAGGAAAAGAGGCCUUCACAUCAGCGCAGAAAACGAUUAGUGGGAGGAGAAGAGGCUUUACCGACUCAAAUCCAGUGGCAGGUGGCGAUACAGGAUGAAGGAUCGAUCCACUGCGGAGGGGCUUAUCUGGGCGGCUGCUGGGUUUUGACCGCCGCCCACUGCGUUAGGCCCAAUCCAAAGUCGUUCCGAAUCAAGAUUUCUCUGUGGGAGAAACAUCGCAGGCAGUCGACGACAGACAGCAUUCCGGUGAAGAACAUUAUUAUUCAUCAUGACUAUAACUCUCAAACGUACGAGAACGAUAUCGCUCUGGUGCAGCUGGAGGAACUGAAUCUCUCGGACCAGUGCAUGCACGAUAAUCCCGCAGUACGCUCCGUUUGUGUGCCGUGGUCAAUCCAACAGUUCCAACCCAAUGACACCUGCACCAUCUCCGGCUGGGGUCGCAACAAAGAGGGGAUGUCAGCAGCGAUUCUAAAAUGGGCAAAUGUGUCGAUUAUUGCAGACUGCAAGAGUUUUUACAAGGAUCGCUUCCAUGAGGGAAUGGAGUGUGCAGGUGACCUGGAGGGGAAGGUGGACUCGUGUCAAGGUGACUCCGGCGGGCCUCUGGUGUGUAAAGACGCCUCUGGUGUGUCGUAUGUUUGGGGUUUAGUGAGCUGGGGCGAUAAAUGUGGCGAACCCAAUCACCCUGGUGUUUACACUAAAGUGGUACAUUAUUUCGACUGGAUCCGCUUUCAUACGGGCUGGGCAGCCGUUACCAAAUAUAACCUGUAAAAAUGAUACCACAGGUAAUCUCUCUCACCACUAUAACUGGUGAACAUUUACUGGUUUAUGUUGCUCUCACACUCUGUAAGUGUUUUUGAAAAUGUUUGGUUUUGUUGUAAUUAAAGUGCUGAUGAACUCAUUUAUGAGGCAAUUUAAAAACUCGCUCUCAUCUUGUUUUUGUUUUGUUUUUUGUCUGUGACUAUGUGGCAUGUCUGGGAAAUAAAAUCCGUCUUUGGCUAAA